UCUGUCAGUGAGCACGAAGAAAACUUUUUUCUUUAUUUUUGACGUUAAACGAGCCCGAAGAAAGAGCCGCGAAGGUUUUGCUAUCAGAGUCACUUUUUCUAGACCAUGCCCCACGACCCCGCCCCUCCUCCGGCUAAAAAAUUCAAGCCGGGGUCAGUUUUUUUCCGUCUCGAUAAGAAUAAACCUGGAAUGCUGCUGCCUAGAAAGGGAAAUGCAACCACUCCGAUAGAAGUCCAGAGGAAGCAGCUUCCAAUCUACCAGGCGAAACCUCAGCUGCUGAACCAACUGAGACAGCUGCACAGUGCUAUUCUCAUUGGUGAGACUGGCUCUGGGAAGACCACUCAGAUCCCACAGUAUCUGUAUGAGGCCGGCAUCGGACGACAGGGCAUCGUUGCCAUCACACAGCCCCGUCGAGUCGCUGCCAUCUCACUGGCAGGAAGGGUGGCAGAGGAGAAGAGGACUCAGCUUGGCAAGCUGGUUGGUUACACGGUGCGUUUCGAGGAUGUCACCUCCCCUGAGACGAAGCUGAAGUUCAUGACAGAUGGCAUGCUGCUGCGCGAGGCCAUCGGAGACCCCUUACUGCUGCGCUACACCGUGGUGGUCUUGGAUGAGGCUCAUGAGCGCACCGUGCACACCGAUGUGCUGUUCGGCGUGGUUAAGACUGCUCAACGCAGGCGCAGAGAACUUAAUAAGAUUCCCCUGAAGGUCAUAGUGAUGUCAGCCACAAUGGAUGUAGAUUUGUUCUCUGAGUACUUCAACAAGUCACCUGUACUGUACCUGGAGGGGAGGCAGCAUCCCAUUCAGAUCUACUACACCAAGCAGCCCCAGUCAGACUACCUGCAGGCUGCACUCGUGUCUGUGUUCCAGAUCCAUCAGGAGGCUCCUCCGUCCCAUGAUAUCUUAGUCUUCAUGACGGGUCAGGAGGAAAUCGAGGCUCUGGCGAGAACGUGUCGGGACAUCGCCAAGCAUCUGCCUGACGGCUGCGGUCCCAUGGUAGUUAUCCCUUUGUACGCGUCGCUGCCCCCAGCACAGCAACUCAGGGUCUUCCAGCCGGCUCCCAAGGGCAGUAGGAAGGUUAUCCUCUCCACCAACAUUGCUGAGACGUCAGUUACAAUCUCUGGGAUCAAAUAUAUCAUAGACACAGGGAUGGUGAAGGCCAAACGUUUCAAUCCUGACAGCGGGUUGGAGGUGUUGGCAGUGCAGCGGGUUUCUAAAGCGCAGGCGUGGCAGCGAGCGGGCCGGGCCGGCAGGGAGGACUCCGGCUCCUGCUACCGUCUCUACACCGAGCAGGAGUUUGACAACCUCAUCCCCAUGACUGUGCCUGAGAUCCAGAGGUGUAACUUAGCCGGCGUGAUGCUGCAGUUAAUGGCUCUAGGGAUUCCAGAUGUGAUGAAUUUUGAUUUCAUGUCCAGGCCCUCUCCAGAGGCCGUUCGUUCUGCUGUGGACCAUUUAGAGCUGCUGGGAGCCGUGGAGAGGAAGGAGGGGCAGGUUUUCCUCACCGCUCUGGGAAAGAAGAUGGCAAGCUUCCCUCUGGAGCCGCGAUAUGCCAAGACCAUCCUGUUGUCCCCGGAUUAUUCCUGUUCUGAGGAGAUUUUGAGCAUCGUGUCUCUGCUGUCAGUGGACACCGUGCUGUACAACCCUCCAGCCCGGCGGGAAGAGGUGCUCGCAGCACGCAAGAAGUUCAGCUCCAGCGAAGGAGACCACAUGACGCUCCUCAACAUUUACAGAGCGUUCAAGAAAGUCAGCGGUAAUAAGGAGUGGUGUCGGGAGAACUUUGUCAACAGCAGGAACAUGGGUCUGGUGAAAGAGGUCCAGGCGCAACUCAAAGAAAUCUGCCUUAAGCUGAAUUUGAAGCUGGAGUCCUGCGGGGCAGAGACAGGAAAUGUUCGCCGCUGCCUUGCCCACGGGAUGUUCGUCAAUGCUGCAGAGCUACAACCCGACGGCAGCUACUUAGCUCUGCACACCCACCAGCCCGUGGCCAUCCACCCCUCCUCUGUCCUUUUCCAGGCCAAGCCGGCGUACGUGGUCUUCAACGAGCUGCUGCACACCUCCCGCUGCUACAUGAGAGACCUUUGUUUGGUGGAUGCCGACUGGCUGCUGGACGCAGCACCAGAGUACUUUGGCCGCAAACUCCACCCAACCAAGAGCUAACCAACAGAGAAGCAGUACACCUCCAUCAAAUCACCCAGUGACAGUAAUACUGGAACCAUGGAUUCUCUUUACAAAGCCGAAUUUGGAUGAAGACACUUGAUGCAAAUCAGAAAAGAACAUUUUCUGUGCAGUAAACUUCUCUGGAUUUCACUACCUCCCAGCUGACAAGCAUCUGGCACGCGUCAACGCAGCAGCAGAAAUCUGCAAACUGAGGCCUCACAACUUUGACCUCCUCCAGACUGUAAUUCAGAUUUUAUAAACUGUUUCUUCAGCCUGAUAAUAUUUCAUCUUGACAUUAGGGCCACAUGUUUAAUACCUAAAAAGGAGAUCGUUUCUUCUUCAGUUCUUUCGACAUUUGCAUGCAUUUUAACAGCACAGACGACCUCACUGCAGCACAGUUCUUUAAAUAAUAAGCAAUGUCUCGGUCUGAUAUGAUUUAUCUGUUUGUUUUGUCGUCAAAAUCAAAUUCAUUUCACAAACUAUUGUGCUUAAUUGUUAUUUGUUCCCAUCAAGUUAAUUCAGAAAGAUAAUGUAUACUGGUUAGUUGUUGUUUUCAGUGUUAAUUUGAAUGACACAAAGUUGCAACAUGUUAGCUCUUCAGAGGCUAAGAGAAGCAAUCUCUUCUUAAACUUUCCCGCUGUAGUUUUGGGUUUAUACAGAAGGGUUUUUAUAUGUGAAGACAGAAGCUUUGUCUUAAUCUAUGACGUUAUGUAAUCACAAGAAAACAUGAAAAACACCAAAGUUAGAGUUAAAUAUGAGGUUUUCACAUGUCACAGUGACAUGGUUUUACUUAGUCUACAUGCAGCACUUGUCUUGUUAGCGUGUGCAUGACCUUUUUUUUCACGUCUAAGACGGUAUCACCGCUUUCAUGAACACGUGCACGUCAGGAGAAGCAGCAUGCCUUAUUCUCCAGGUUCUACUCUUUGUUGUUGUCGUUGUGUUGCACAGAUCCUCAAUCAGACCCUGCACAGACUAAUCAAAGGUGUAUGAUGACAACAAAAUGUAUGCAAUGCAUGGAGGUUAUAGUUAACGAUCUGAUCACUCAGGUCUUUCAUACUUUGUAGAAUGUAAAUCACACCAUGUUGAGGAAUAGGAUGGAUGCUCCUCUUGUCUUUUUUUUUAUACCGGACUCAGGAUUGUACAAUAUAAACUGUAACCUGAAUAAAUGACAUGAGCUAUUUGUAAUUUUACAAGAUAUCAAACACCAAUUGCAUCUGGGGUUCAUGUAGAGAGUUAUCAGACUUACUGUGACAUACAGGUUGUUUGUUCAGCGGCUGAGUCUCUUACAGAUCAUGCUACCCAUGAGGGUUUUUAAGAUUUUUUUUUUCAUUCACAGGAAAAGUAGACGUUUAAGAUCUGCAUGUUCUGUUAAAAACUCCAUAAGAUGAAAUGCAUGCCUUUGAUGAGUUUAUGAUGACCAUAUUUAACAUGAUUUGUUAUAAUCUCACAUAUUCACAGUUGUUAUAAUUUCUAAUGAAAAAUAAACCCACUGCCUCAGAGCUCAAGUCUGCAUGUGGAGAGUAAAGAUUCAAAGAGGCACAUGAGCGUUUUCCACUGCUUGGUUUUGACACAGUAAAAGUCAAAUGUGUCAUAGAUGUGUUAGUGUCUGUCAAAGAGCUGAAAGCUUUUAAACUGUGGUGUUGAGAAGUCUUCUGGGUGUUAUAGAAAGCAUAAGGCAUAGUUCAAGUGCAUUGAUGAGUUACACUAACGAUAACUUAUUUUAUACUAGCGCGCACCACUUAGUAAUAUGGUCUGUUGACAACUUAGACAAAGUAUGUUACUUGUUUGUGUUAAUAACUUAUCCUAGACUAUGUUUGUUUUAAGAAA